UCCCAUCUAGAGAGAGAGAGAGAGAGAGUUUUUCUUUUGAUAAAUAGAGAGUAGUGAUAUUUUUUUUGAUUAAAAGAGAGAAGCGAGAAUUCAUUCACCACUUUUGCUUAAGAGACUCAUUCCCCACUUUUGAUAAGUAAGGAGGGAAGAGAGACUUCAUUCACCACUUUCUCUCUCUAAGAGAAUACAUUCACCACUUUCUCUCUCUAAAAAAAUGUCGAUUUCUCCAGAAAACGAGCACCCUCAAAAGGUUGUGGGUUGGGCUGCAAGGGAUGCCUCUGGUGUUCUAUCUCCCUUCAACUUCUCUCGCAGGGCAAAUGGUGAAGAAGACGUAACGAUAAAGAUUGCGUACUGUGGGAUGUGCCAUUCUGAUCUUCACUGCAUUAGAAAUGAAUGGCGAAACGCCAUCUAUCCAGUUGUGCCAGGGCACGAGAUAGCAGGGAUGGUAACAGAGGUCGGAAGCAAUGUGAAGGAGUUCAAGGUGGGUGACAAAGUCGGGGUUGGGUGCAUGGUUGGGGCAUGCCAUACUUGCGAGGCUUGCGAGCAAAGCCUUGAAAAUCUAUGCCCCAAAGGGAUCUUUACCUAUAACUCAAUCAACUAUGAUAGCACUAUAACCUAUGGUGGCUAUUCAGACAAGUUCGUUGUUGACAAGCGUUAUGUUGUUCGUUUCCCUGAAAACCUACCUCUCGAUGCUGCUGCUCCUUUGCUAUGCGCAGGGAUCACUGCGUAUAGCCCCAUGAAAUAUUAUGGCCUUGCAGAACCUGGUAAGCAUCUUGGGAUUGUUGGGCUUGGUGGACUUGGUCAUGUGGCUGUAAAGUUUGCCAAGGCUUUUGGGGUCAAAAUUACAGUCAUUAGUACAUCUCCUAGCAAGGAGAAAGAGGCUAUCGAGAUACUUGGUGCUGAUAAGUUUCUAGUGAGCCGCGAUCCUGAGCAAAUGCAGGCUGCUAUGGGUACCAUGGAUUAUAUCCUCGACACAGUUUCCGCCAAACACCCAUUGGUACCAUUGUUCUCUUUACUCAAGGCCAACGGAAAACUGAUUAUGGUGGGACUGCCAGAACAGGCCUUCCAAUUUCCUGUUUUCCCCUUAAUUUUUGGGAGGAAGCUUAUAGGAGGAAGCCACAUUGGUGGGAUGAAAGAGACACAAGAAAUGAUCGAUUUUGCCGGAAAACACAACAUCACUGCUGAUAUUGAGGUUAUAAAGAUAGACUAUGUGAACACUGCCAUGGAGAGGUUGGCUAAUGCUGAUGUGAGAUAUCGCUUUGUUAUUGAUGUGGCCAACUCCUUGUCAGCUUAAACUAAAGUCCACUUGGUGGGCUUUACAAGACUUAAUAAGACUAUGAAUUGUUGUUUUCAUUCUGUUUUCUCCUGUCUCCUCAUUUUUGAUUUCUAGGAGGGGAACUAUUGUGCACUAUGCUCUGAUUUUGAGAAUUGAACCUUGAAUUCUUGAGAUA